AUGAAAUCGGACGCAUUACCUAAAUGGAAAGACUUGCCACCCAUCGAAGGGGCACCACAAGGCUUCGCUUGGGGUUUAUUUGAUCAAGAUGGCGUGAAAGAUCAGCUUGGCACGCUCAACUUCCUCACACCAGAGGUGGUUCUUCGCGCAAAAGAUGAAAUCCAAAUUGGAAAGAGUGUUUCCCUCAAUUGGGGACUGGAGAAUCUUGCCGAGUCAACCAUGGGUCGAUCUACCUUGAAGCAUGAGCUUGUGGAUUGGCGUAAUAAGCCAGGCUUCAGUUUUUAUUCCUGGGACGAUGAAAUCAGUCUCAAUACCCAAAGCAGCAGCCAGUGGGAUGGAUUGCGCCACUGGGGAAACACGCACACGGGAUUCUACUACAAUGGCAUACACCACAAUGACCUUAUCCAAAGCAACCAGCUUGGAAUAGAAAAGACUGAUUUGUCUAAAUAUUGGACCAAGCGUGGCGGUAUUGUCGGCCGCGGUGUUCUACUCGACUACGUGGACUAUGCAGAGCGGAAGAAUAUAAAAUAUAGCCCAAUGUCAAGCCAUCCGAUUCUAGUGAAAGAGCUUGACGAUAUUGCCAAGGAUUGUGGGAUCGAAUUUCUUCCCGGCGACAUUCUCCUAGUUCGAGUGGGCUGGACCAAGUGGUACGACGAACAUGAAGACAGCGAACGAUCAAAGUACAUUACCAAUGCGUAUGCCUGGGCCGGUAUCAAGGGAUGUGAGGAAACUCUAGAAUGGCUGUGGGACCAUCACUUCGCCGCCAUCGCAAGUGACAAUAAUGGUGUUGAGGUUGUCCCGAUGGAUGAUGCUUGGCGGUUGCAUGAUUUCCUGCUCCCAGGCUGGGGGAUGCCUAUUGGAGAAAUGUGGGAUCUUGAAGAUUUGGCCAAAGAAUGUAAAAAGCAACGUAGAUGGACAUUCUUCCUCACCAGUUCCCCUCUUAACUUGAAAGGCGGUGCGGCAAGCCCGCCUAACGCCCUUGCGAUCUUCUAA